AUGACCCGAGUUAUGUAUGGCGUAGCAUUUGGGGAGGGGAAGUGGGACGCUGAUAGAGUUCGUACUAUUAUGGGAGAGGAUCUUGCUGCUGUGAUCUUGUCCAUCCCGCUGUCACAUUGCCCAUCGAAUGAUAGACUAUUUUGGAGAUGUUCAAAGGAUGGGAAUUUUUCUGUACGGUCUUGUUAUUGGCUUGUCCGUAGGGGAUGUGUUGAGGGGGUUGUGAAUGUGAUCUCAGAGGAGUGCUGGAGGAGUGUGUGGAGGUUGCAGUGCCCACCAAAAUUAAAGCAUUUUCUAUGGUGUGCAAUCAGGGGUAAUAUGGCUAUAAUAGAACGAUUAUUAUACCGCCACAUUACCUCUAAUUCUGAUGAGGAGAAAGCUACCCCUAUAUCGUCGUUUGCAGAUAGAUGGUUAUGGUUGGUAAACAAGCUGUCUGCAGAGAACAACAGAAAGGCUGCUGCCCUUAUGUGGGCGUGUUGGAGAUGCAGAAAUUUACAGCUGUUUGAAGACGUUUGGCCUGAUCCAGUGUUGUUGGCAGCGGGUUUCUGUCGCUUAGCUGAUGAUUACACCAGGCAUAUGCAGAAUGUUAGACCUCUUGGUGGAUGCAACAUACGAAGCAGCUGCUUACGCUGGUAUCCCCCUCACUUUGGCAUGGUGAAGAUCAAUACAGAUGCCCAUGUUUUAAGUGGCAAUAUGGCGGGUCUGGGGGUGGUGUGCAGAAAUUAUUGUGGCAAGAUUUUAAUGAUAGCUACUAAAAAAAUCCACUACACUGAUCCGAAAUGUGCUGAAUUUCAAGCAAUCAGAUAUGCUCUUUCGAUUGCUAGGAGGUUCAACUACGACAAUGUGUGGGUGGAGUCGGAUGCAUUGGGCGUAAUCAACACUAUAUCCCACGAAAGCAGGGGCUUUUCCCCGAUUUUCAGUGUUUAUGAUGAUAUUCGAAGAGAUAGAUCCCUUUUUCUUUCUUGCAAAUUUUCAUAUGUAAAAAGAAAUGGAAAUACUAUGGCACACCUAGUAGCUAGAGAGGAUACGGCGGGAGAUGAGGAACUUAUUAGAGUCACGAAUUUUCCGUCUAGUAUUGUAACAUUGGCUAUGUUAGACAUUUCUAAUUAA